CAAAAAAGCGAGUCAUUCCAGCGUUGGCAGCGACGGUGAACGUGUAUGUCUGCGGCUGUGUCCUAGUUCUGUGAGAAACAUGCAAGAGUGGAUUAUUUGUGUACUUUAAUACAGAUUGUGAGUGACUAAGCGGAAUCGCUGAUUAACAGUAAACUUUGACGGUGACGACAGCCGUAAUUUUUUUAAAAGAGAAGUGAUCAGCUGGAGACUGCUGGGUUAACUACCGUUCACUUAAUGUUGCGGUGACCUCAAUGUGUUGCUGUCCCAUGAGAAGUGUGGAUGUGUGAAGGAGUGCGACAAGUGUAGACCACCACCAGCCAGAGUCCCAUUGGCUCUUCAGCUGUGACGUAGCUGUACUACGGGCCACUGAUUGCGUAGAAACUGUGACAUCAGGCUCUGAUUCUGUCAUUGGCUUAAUAUAUGAGUGACGUAGUGCAGUGGAAAGCUGACUGCCUGCUUACUGGCCAAGAGCUAGUGACGUCACAGGGCUUACACGUCUCAGGAACUCUGCUUUUCUUUCAUUGAGAGCAAGUCGUCGGGAUAGCGAACAUCUGAACGUGGACGCUUGAGACACUGCUUUAGGUGGGUUCGUAUACCGGACUCUGCGGAGGGUACACAGCCAUCGGUUUAACAAGGAAAAUACUUUGAUAAUUUACAUACAUCUUAGUGAAAAACAAGAAGACCCGUUGUAUGCAUCUGUGAAAUGUUAAUAUGAAAUUAACUAUCAAUGAAGUUGGAAGUGGAUAGUGAAGAGAUUAAAGCAGUGUGGUGUAAGGCCCAUAGUUUUAUUACCGGCGCAUAGUCUUCUGGAAAAAAUGAGAAGGUAGAGUGCACUACCUCACAGCUCGAGAAUUCCUGUGUGGUGCUUGCCGUGUGUAAGCAAGAAGGUGCAGCAGAAAGUGAAGCUGGAGUGGAGGGCAGGAGACGCGCUGUGGUGGGUGUAGGAUGUGCCAGGGGAGUCAGGAGUGCUCCGGGCGGUGUGACAAGUACAGUAGCAAUUCACACAGAAACAGCAUGACGAUGGGCGGCGUAAGGGGCGGCUCCACACUCAACGAGGUGGGUGUGGCCAGACACGUGCCACACUACGCCUCCACGCCUCACCUAUUCGUCUACCAGGCCGCAGAGGACGAGGAAGAGGUUGAUCUUGCUCCAAAAGAGGGCAAAGAGCCCAUUUAUUCCUCCGCCAUAGAUAUUCGCAAAGUUGCUGCUUCUAAGGAGGCUGAGGCGAUACGAUGCAUCAACGAGAAGUACGACUCUCUGCGAGCACUGACAGACCGGAGGGAGGAGGCAGAAGACCCCUUGGCUGUUACAGAUGAAGAUGUGUCACGGAUCGAGACAUUCUUCCGUGGGCACAAGACGCAGUUAUGGGUGUGUCGCACACUGGCCAACCUGUACAUCGAAGGUGGGGCAGGCGCUACCCACGGCACAUGGGAACUCAAGUACACUGGAGUACCUAUCCUGCUCCUAGACCAGGGAGAGACGCGCUCCCGUGACAAACGGCGUCUUCAACUCAUAUUGGCAGAGAAGGGAACAGGAUUUGCUCUCUGGAGGGAUGUUGUCGAUAAUCUGACGUCAUACCGUGCACAAGAACCACAGUUCCAUACCCUCUACCUGUCUUCUGAUCACCGCCGGCGUAUGGGCUUCUCUUUCAACGACGGACGAGCCGCAUGUGAAUUCCACAGUCACAUCGAACGUCUCACGGCUGAUCCGGCCAACAUCUCUCUCUCUGGUCCAGGCAAGAAGAAGAAUAAGGCGAAAGAAAAAGUUUCAAAGUACAAAGCACCAAAGAAAACAGAUAUUUCCUCUCCAUGCAAUUUUCAGCACGUGACCACCGUCGACGCCUGCGACAAAGCGAGAUUCUUCUCCCUUCAGGCGUUCUCAAAGGUCAAGGCCAGCACGCCACCACCUGUCAAACCUCAUACAGUAGUGGAGCGGCCAGCUGACACCGUAGAAACCAAGGAGUAGGGAGAGACCUUUCCAUUUGUUGAACUACCUAAGUGAUGUGUUUAAACAUUUGUUUGUGAUAACUUUGAGCAGUCAGAACGCUGACAGACAUUACUGAGAGUGGGUAGGUGGCCCUUUCCACCACUAAACGUGCCAACGUAUACCUCUAGCUUGACCUGUACUGGUGCAGAAUUAGUAUAUUGCCAGUGCACGAGUGAAGUGGUAUUGAUAGAGCAGGACGGUAUUAAUGAAACAUUAUUGCAUUAGUAAGUGGAGUAGAGAAUAUUAGGUACAGUAUACCCUACUUGAAAGGAGCAGGAGAAACUGUGUAAACUCGAAUAAGGACCGAUGAACUGGGUUAUCCCACUAUGACGCCAUCAUUCCGCCUGCAGUGCUGUGACUCGCCCAGCAGCAGCUUAGCCUGCUCAGCACCCGAGUAUUACUGCACGACUACAAGAAGAAUACGCAGCUCUUCAAGUGUCGUGAUUUAACUGAAAAGAGAAAACUGUGAAACCAUGCAGUGAUGAUUUCAUAAUUCAAGAGAUUUUUAGUGUGUAAAUAUUUAGAUAGAGAAUUAUGAACAGUGGUUAUGUGGCCAUGAAACUUUUAUAUAAUAUUAGAAAGUUCCUAAAUAAAAUUUUACUUUCAAACUGUAUGUGCCAUGAAUGACACAGAUUAUAGAACAGUUUUGUGUGUUUGAUUUUGCAUGGAGAUGAGUGAUCAGAAAUUGUCAAAUCAUUUUGAGAUGGAACAGAAGGCUACACCGUUUUUAUCACGGAAUAAUUUGAAACUUUAAACAAAUACGUUAAUAGUUUUUAAAGAUCAUUAUUUGAGAAACUAAUAGUCGGACAUAGAUUUAAAAUCAUACUUCAGUUAAGACUAGGCCGCACCUGGUCUUGUUACAGCAGCAGAAAAUUAGCCUUAUAAUAAUGAUAGAGCUUUCAUUUUCUGCUGCGCAUGUAGGUUACAGCCUUGGCAAAAGGCGCAUAAGGACACGUAAUACAGAGCCAGCUUUUAUUUUAGACGUUACGCUUAGGAAACAUGAUUAAGUCCUGUUCUACAUUGAGUCUUUAUGCCCACUAUUUGGUUUGUUGCCCCAAUCACCAGGGAUGAAGGUGUACCAUCUUACUCUUGAUCACUAGCAGGGCUACCUACUCCCCUUCGUUCAUUCAGCAUCAGUUAAGGUAUCUGAAUUCCUGCUUUGCUUUCCAUUCAGUGUUGAGAUGCAUAAAGCUAUAGGAGGGUGCCAAAACUGAUCAAGAUUUUUAUAUUUUAUACAUUUUGGGGAUGUAUUUGCUGAACUUAACUGUGUAAAUCAGUUGCAUAUUCAAUCUAGAGAUGUAUCGGAUAUGCGCAUCCGUGGAACAUCCGCACAAUUUCUUACAUCCGCAUCUGCGUCCCCAUUUUACUGUAAACAGAUGUCCGCAUAUGCAUCCGAAUCCGAAUCCGCAUCAACAUCCGCACAAUUUCUUAUAUCCGCAUACGCGAAAUGUGUCAUCCUCAUACACAUCGCAUCCACGGAUAUCUAAAUUUUCACAUCCGACAAAUCUCUGAUUAUUCACCAGAGAUAAAUUCCUGUCAUAUCAAGCUGAUUUUUGCAAAUUGUUGCCUGAUACCGAGAAUUAUUUUGCUGUAACUGAAACAGUUGCAUAUACAUUUUUAUACUCUUCAAAUAACGCUAAACUCGUGUGAGUCAUAUUCAGCGCUCGACAUUUGCAUAAAAGUCAUUAAACUACCUAUGAACACGUUCUGUAAAAUCACAUAGAAUAUAACGUAUAAAAAAUUAUAUGACUGCGUUAAUCUUUUAUUAUCUCAUUCUUAUCCCUGGGUCCGCCAAAGGAUGUAGGUGACAGUUGGUCGGGGUACAUAAGUGUCAACAUUGUCUUCAGGAGACUUGAAAUGUUCGUUUAUUUAAUGUUCGAGUUGAACUCCACAUCUGUGAUUGUUGCUGAUAUACCCAGUAAACUUGAUAGUGGUGUGCAUUUUUAGUUUAACUUUAAUCUGAAGUUCAUUAUUAAUUAGAAUGUUACAAUUCAUGUACAUGUAACUGGUAUUAACAUUAACCAAAGUACCUUAUUUGCCGAAGGCUCUAAGCGAACAUUACUUAUGCAGUAGGUGUGGUGGUCACGGGUCGAUGCCAAGGUCAGGGUGAAUCAGGCAGAGGACCGGAUGCUGGCAUCUCGCCAGAGCAUCCCGAGGAGAUGAGUUUGUCCACACUACCACGUUUUCAAACUCGUCGGACUUCAACGAACUACAGUCUGUUCACGGUUGAGGUUCUAUACACAGAGGUGCAUCUCUCAUAUAUAUAUAUAUAUAUAUAUAUAUAUAUAUAUAUAUAUAUAUAUAUAUAUAUAUAUAUAUAUCACUACGAAAGCAAAAGACUUGGCAGACGAUGCAACAUCCCCCAAUGAAAAGCAGGGGUGUCACUAGCACGUUAAGAGACCAUACAAUAAGUGUCAGGGGCCCGAGACUGUUCAACUGCCUCCCAGCAUACAUAAGGGGGAUUACCAACAGACCCCUGGCAGUCUUCAAGCUGGCACUGGACAAGCGCCUAAAGUCGGUUCCUGACCAGCCGGGCUGUGGCUCGUACGUUGGUUUGCGUGCAGCCAGCAACAACAGCCUGGUUGAUCAGGCUCUGAUCCACCAGGAGGCCUGGUCACAGACCGGGCCGCGGGGGCGUUGACCCCCGGAACUCGCUCCAGGUAUAUAUAUAUAUAUAUAUAUAUAUAUUAAUAUAUAUAUAUAUAUAUAUAUAUAUAUAUAUAUAUAUAUAUAUAUAUAUAUAUAUAUAUAUAUAUAUAUACACAAACACUUGUCAGUCCUCAAUAAUAGCCCACAUGGAGGCAGAAACACAAAAGAUUAAUUGGACUGCAUAUUUCGACUCCCUGCAGGGGGUCCUCUUCGGCAGAUACACAAAUGAAAGAACAUGAAUUUACAGGAAGGUUGCGCCUCUCAGUUGUGCAGGUGGGCAUGGAUCGUCAGGUCAGCGCGUGGGAGUAGUCAGGGAGUGUGAUAACAGGUUGAAGUAGGUGACUGGAACCAACCUUAAAAUUUUACCAAGUAAUUCCUCUGUACUAUGUAUUAGGUUGGGUACUGGUAUGUACUUCUUAAGGGCAAAUUUUUAAAUAAGGUAUGGUUUCCAUUGUCCCUGUGAGAUAUUAAAAUUAGGUGUGGUAGCUAUAAGAGCAGAUUCUAUGAUUUUACGUUGUAGUUUGUAGCUGCAGUGCGAUAUGCGUUUGAUGCUGGCAACUUCCUAAUGAAUAUUGUGUUUGUUGUUACUAACAUUUUGAAAAACGGCUGAAUUCUCCUGUCCAUAAUAUAUGAACCCUCUGGUGUUCAGUGAUGAUCCUAUUACAUGGCAUUCGGCCUGUCUGCCCAAUGUAUACUUGCAAUUAAUUUUUUUAGUUUUUCUCUAUAUGGGUUAUUAUUGAGAGAAAGCGCACGCGUGUACACACACACACACACGUGUUUGUGUGUGCUGAAAGUUUAAAAAUGAUUUCAAGAUUCAAGAUGUUAACUGGUGUACAGAUGACAUGCAGCCUUGAUGACCCUCGUAUUGGUCGAUAAGUUUCAAACUCAAUAAACCAUCUCCUUCAUGGCUAACUUAAGAUCCAGCUGUUGAGUGCAAGUUACUUCGGUAACCAACCACGCUUCAAUAAAUGUUAAUUUCGUGAACUGAAAGCGUAAUAGCUACAUGAGGCGCUGUAUUUUGGUUUCAAGUUUGUGACAUUCCUUGGAACUACGUCAGUCAGGUAUAAAACAAGUUGUACUUAACUGUUAGCAGACGACUAAUGUGAGCUGUUAUUUUGUUUAGUUUUUUUUAUACAUUGAAAGAUUCUUUAUUACAAUGUACAGUUACAUCAAGCCUAUGUUAGUAAGUUGCAAGAACUAUGAGAUAAUUGUUAUAUUAGUAAAAAAAAAAAAAACUAUGGCCACAAGUAAGAGCUAACAGAUUCUUAAUAUUGCCUGAAAAGGCCCCAUAAAUUAUUUAUGCUAUUUUUCUUCAGUUUGCGAUCAUUGCACAUUUGACAUUCCUCAUCAUAAUACUCUCAUAAUUGUAAGCAAAUGGCUUUGCGCCAACAAAUGGUGGUAAAAAGGCACUUUUAGAAAAGAAACUUUAUAUUAAUACAAUGUUUCACUCAGUAAGGGCUUUAUGAAUUACAGGGAAUACAUAUAAAUAGUGGUAUAAAUAAAACAAAGUACAUAUGUUUCUGCCUGGUCAGGUCAAGUGCUAUGUGGCUUGCAGAAGUAAAGUUGCGGUAAUGGUAUUAUAUACAUGUUUUUAUGUAAUCCAUGUCCUUAAUUUAGUUCCCAGUGGGUGAAACGUCAUAUUAGUAUUAGGUUUCUUAGCUGAGAGUGUUUUCUUACCACAAUAUAGUAAUUACUGCAAUUGGAGAACCUUUGGUCCAAUAUUUAAGGUUUAAAGCAAGAGUUUUAUAUGCAUUUUUAUUUUAUAAGAGUUCUAAGAUUUUUAUAUUUUUAAUAAAUAUGUAAUAUAAAAGUAAUUUCCUUGUGUAAUUCAUUCUGCAGCUUACAUAUAUUUAUGUGUAAUAACACUGAGCAUAAAUAUUUGUUAAACUCUUUACUUCAAGCAGCUUUCAUAUCCUAGUGUACAGUGUAAAUAAACUGUAUAAAUAAA